CCAAAGCCUCAACAGUUCUACACCCUCUCUCUCUCUCUCUCUCUCAAAUCCUCAAAUAUUCAAUUUCUCUCUCAUUCACGAGAGAGAAAAGCCAUCCGCAGCAAACAAACAAACAGCCCUUUGUCACUCUUCACUGCCAAAAUUCUAACCCUUCCCCUUCUCUGGUUGAUUUCCAAGAAUCACAGGUUUUGCAAUAAUAAAAAAGUGAUCUUUUUCUUGAUUUCUGCUGUAAUUUGAAGAUGGAGAGAGAUUUCAUGGGCUUGUCUGUGAAACAGGAGCUUCCUGAUGAAAUAAUUGAUGCUGCUCCUGUGAGAAGCUUACCAAUGCAGUGGUCAUUCUCAAACAAGGGCUCUGCCCUUCCUAAUCUCUUGUCUUUCCAAGGUGGUCAAGAAGAUAAGCAACCUAAGACUGGUUUCAACUCUCUUGCAUCAUCUGGUUUGGUUACCUUGACUACUGAUGUUUUCGAGUCUAGUCACAGCCAGUUUCCUGCCUCACAGAAAAGCAAUGCUGUUGAGAAGCAAGGUGGGGUCCGUUACACGGUGACAAAUUACCCGACUCAGCAUGGAGAAUCACACAACAUCCGUCGUCCAAUCACCACCACUUCACCGGGUGUGGCUCACCACCAGCCCUAUGCUCCUCCCAUGGCCGUAGUCCCAAUGGCCAAGCCUUCCAACAGCGCUGUCGUUGGAACCACUGAUUUCAGGAACUCACCCAAGAUCUCCAACGCGCCGGCUCAGUUGACCAUCUUCUACAACGGCUCAGUCUGUGUCUUCGACAACAUUUCUCCCGAGAAGGCUCAAGCUAUUAUGCUAUUGGCUGGAAAUGCACCACCGGUGACUCCUAAGGCGGCCACCCCUUCCGCAUCUCACAUUCAGGCGGCCGUUCCUAGAUCUUCAGUUCCCGAGAGGCUAACCAUAAGCCAGCCCUAUGCAACCACGCCACGCCUUUCCAGCCCCAUCCCAGUGACCCCUGUUAGCACCUCCCCGUCUCUGGGAUGGGCUGCUCUGAGGACUGAGGCGAGCGCUGCUAGGCCAUCUGGAUCUCGUAUGUCGCCUCCUAUCAAUGCUGAGCCUCUGAAAACAGUUACUCCUCCAGGAUCUGUAAGCUUCAUAUCAGCAGACACUGUGCCUCAGUUUCGCAGAAAAUCUCUAGCCCGGUUCUUGGAGAAGCGCAAGGAGAGGGUCAUCAGUGUUUCACCUUAUGGUGACUGUCAGUCUGGAGAUUACGGGGCGGCCGGAUCAGGCGGGCCGAGCUUGUCGAUGAACUCGUCGGGGUCUUGUCCAGUACCAGCAGCCAAUUGAGGGGAUGGUUUUAGCAGAAGCUGCAAAUAAGUUAUAGAGAUAAUUAAGAUGCAAGAUAAAACAGAAUUCCAGUUUCAGCUUGUGUUAUACCUUUGUUUAUUAGUACUAUGAAUUUAUAUAUUAUGUUUUUUGUCUGUUAAA